AUGGCGUCUGAGCCAUGGUUUUGGGCUGAGCCAGAUGUCUCCGGGGCGCAGCUGCAGAACCUUCCUGUGAGCGGGCACAGCCAGGACCACUGGCAGAGCAAAACCCUGGAGGUCGUGGCUGAUGAUCUGGUUGUGGCGGCAGCAGCUGUGGCGGCUUUGCGCCUCACUGGCUGUCACUCGGACCACGGUAACGGGCUUCACCGCUCGCAGGCUGAGUGCAAGUUUCACGUCACCUGA